UGCUGACCGAGACGCGUGCAUCAAACCCCCUCUCCUGUAAGAUAGAGUUAUCCCACUGCACAUAUCUACGAACUGAGGUACGCGACAGCAAUUUAGAAAGAACGACCGUUAUAGACGCUUUCGAUUGCUUUUUGUACCGCUGUGUAAAAGUACAACCGUACUUUGGGCUUUCUAUAGAGUCGACCUGUGUUUACUGGGGCUUACAGUGAUAAAUCUGUCAUAAACCUGAUUAGGAAUUUUUUUCGUGUCUAAGUCACACAGACAGAGAAUUUUUCAUUUUCGGUUCUUUCGCGGUUUUCUCGUUUUCUCUCAUCUCUUCCUCUUUUUAGUCUUCUUUUAUUCACUUGUUUCUCCGUGUUAAGCGUAUUUUUUCCCGGUGAAAAAUGUCUGACUUUACUCCUGACAGUGCCAUUGAGAACUUGAAUGUUACUUUUGAAGACAGUCCUACGUUUGACGAUUUCUUGAACGAAGACGUAAAAAAACAACUGGACUUGUUCACAAACACCUCAUUCUUGGAUUUUGAGGUAUGCGGUAUUCUUCCUACCAACGUUUAUCGGUCAAUGGAAAGCUCGGCAAGCAGUCUUAACGAUACCAACAACGUCAAGCCUUUGCCCGUGCAGGACAGCAGCAACAAUCAGAACAAGAACACGAACACAAGUACCAGCGUUCAUGGCUCCGUCGUUAAGGAAGAGGAACAAUUGACCCCUCCCUCGGCGACGAGAAACCCCUCGGCUGCAUCCUUGGGUUUCUUAGAUUUGCCUAACUUGUUCCCUGUUUCGGCAACAAACGAAACGUCGUUGAAACCUCAAAGUCUUCAACAGCAACAAUCUUACCUCACGUCUAAUCCACUGACAUCGAAUUCUUCAGCUUCAGUUCCUGCAGUUGCUCCUGCUGCUCCUCAAAUGACUGGCGAUGUGAAUAAUUUGAUUUUCGACCCAGCUUCGUUAAUUCCUUCGAGUGUUGAUCCCGUUUCUCAGCAGCAGCAGCAACAACAACAACCGUCUCAAGCACAACAGCCUUAUCAUUCACUCUCGGCUGCUGUUGCAGCUCCUGAAGCCGCUUCUUCUCGCAUCGCUGCUCCUACCCUCCCGACUGCUGUUCCUCUUGAUCAACAAAAGCAACAACAAUCCACAGACACAACUGCUAUUGUGAACAGUGUUAUCGACAAGGCCGCUUUAGAGGCUGCUACUGAUGCUGCGCUAGCAGCAGCUGCUGCCAAUCCUUCCAAAACCCGCCGUUCUUCCACAAGCACACCUGCUCGUACAGCAGCCGAGGAGGACAAGCGUCGUAGGAAUACGGCUGCCAGUGCUCGUUUCCGUAUCAAGAAAAAGCUGAAGGAGCAACAGCUCGAACGUAGCGUUAAGGAGUUGUCGGAAAAGGUUGUUGCCCUGCAAGCUCGUCUGCGCGAACUUGAAAUGGAGAACAACUGGCUGAAGAGUUUGAUUCGUCCCGCUACUACGAACAUUUAAUUUCGCGAACAUAAAUUCUUCUUUGUGAUGGAUGUCCUGUCCUCCGGGUCGCUGAUCGUCCAUUACGUUCGCCCUCUCCCUCAUUAGCCCUUUGAGUCUUGAAUCCUUUUCCCUGCAUGUUGUAUCCGUUCAAGCUGUUGGUGAGUUUUCUUUAUGCAUGUGCAUUUGUUCGCUUGUACACUUUGAUUUGUUUGAUACAUUUGCACUGUUUUUCCUUCCCUUCGUUGUUAUUAUAUUUCUUUUUCCCUCUAGUUUUUGAGGUUUAACAUGCUUUCAAUAGUUGUCAUGUUGUCUUGUAACGUAUUCCAUAGCGCCUGUUUCCAGUUUGGCCCUCAACGGACCGGGUUCGGAAGUGCUUUUAUAUAGUUGAUUAUUCUUA